UCACUCUAUCCGAGCUGGACGGUCAACACAAACUUUGUACGGACGACAGGACAACCUGCGCUCCGGGGCGCAGCAGAUUUCUACCCUAUUGGGGUUUUCUCCUUUGGAUUAAAUAUAUUUGCUCCGUUUAUUUUUGUUUUCGCUGCUGAUUGCGCGGGUUUUAGUCGGAGCUCGUCUCCAUUUGGCACCAGACGCAUCUGUCACCAUCUGCAACCGAGUGCCUAAAGCUGUCAAAGUCAUGCCGGCCGGGUUUCAACAGCUCGGAGGGGAGACGGUGACGGGAACCCUCGCCCUAUCAGUCUUCACUGCUGUUCUGGGAUCGCUGACGUUCGGCUACAACAUCGGCGUCAUCAAUGCGCCGCAGAAGAUCAUUGAGGGCGACUACAACGCGACGUGGAUUCAUCGGUACGGAGAACCGAUCCCCUCAGGGACCCUCAACUCCCUCUGGUCGCUGUCUGUGGCCAUCUUCUCCAUCGGGGGCAUGGUCUCCUCCUUCUGCGUGGGCUUCAUCUCAGAGUGGCUGGGCAGGAGGAAAGCGAUGCUCGCCAACAAUUUGUUCGCCUUCGCUGCUGGCAGUCUGAUGGGAAUGUCUAAGACCUGUCGCUCCUUUGAAAUGAUGAUUCUGGGACGUUUCAUCAUUGGGGCCUACUGUGGACUUGCAUCUGGUUUGACGCCCAUGUAUGUGGGGGAGAUAGCUCCUACCAGUCUUCGAGGUGCACUCGGCACGUUGCACCAGCUGGCCAUAGUCACUGGGAUUCUUAUAGCUCAGAUUCUGGGUCUGGAGAUGUUGCUGGGCAGUGAGGACCUUUGGCCCGUUCUGCUGGGUUUGACUGUGGUACCGACUGUACUGCAGAUGGGUCUGUUGCCCUUCUGCCCCGAGAGCCCUCGAUUCCUCUACAUCAUUCGGAGUCAGGAGCACCACGCCAAGAGUGGCUUGAGGAGGUUAACAGGCCGGCAGGAGGUGGGUGACAUGCUAGCAGAGAUGAAGGAGGAGAAGAGGAGGAUGGACAUGGAGAGGAAAGUCUCCAUCCUGGAGCUCUUCCGCUCCCCUCUUUACCGCCAGCCCAUCGUCAUCUCCAUCCUGCUGCAGCUCUCCCAGCAGCUCUCUGGAGUCAAUGCAAUUUUCUACUACUCCACCAGAAUCUUCAUGAAGGCAGGAGUCCAGAGUCCGGUCUAUGCCACAAUAGGAGCCGGAGUUGUAAACUGUGCCUUCACUGUGGUCUCGCUGUUCCUUGUGGAGAGGACGGGUCGGCGGACACUUCACAUGUUGGGUUUGGCAGGAAUGUGCAUUUCUGCCAUUAUCAUGACCAUAGCUCUGGCUUUACUGGACAGCAUUCCUUGGAUGAGCUACAUUAGCAUGCUAGCUAUCUUUGGCUUCGUGGCCUUCUUCGAGGUGGGUCCAGGUCCCAUUCCUUGGUUCUUCGUAGCUGAGCUGUUCUCUCAAGGCCCGAGGCCAGCUGCCAUGGCUGUGGCGGGCUUCUCCAACUGGACCGCCAACUUCAUCAUCGGCAUGAGCUUUCAAUACGUUGCGGACCUCUGUGGGCCUUACGUAUUCCUGAUUUUCGCAGUGCUGCUCAUCUUUUUUCUCAUCUUCACGUUCUUUCGGGUGCCAGAGACCCGGGGAAAGACAUUCGACCAGAUCGCAGCCAACUUCAAUCAGCACUCGGCGGCCAGCAUGAUGGAUAUGGACAUGGAGCUGAACAAGCCCAGCACAGAGCUGGACUAUCUGGGGGAUGAAAGCAUCAACUGAAGAGUCCAAACAAACAAAAACAAAAACAAACUGAGUACAAUCUAAGGUGAAGUUUGUGUACGGACCGUACUCCAAAAUGUUAUUUUCUGACAUAUUUUGAGAUCUGUAGUCAUAUUGAUAUAGCUUGUGGUGCCAAAGCAGUGUUAAGAUGAGUGUGUGACAGUAUGGACAUUUUCUGGAGUCGUCGUUUGCUGGUACCACAGCGGUUUGCUAACUCGUGGUUCUGAUCGUUGCUCUGACAGCUCAAAGCCUUUGAGUUAGAGACUGACUGAUGAAGAAACAAACAGAGGCAUUGACUGCCGGUGUGAGAUGAUUUCACUCAGUGCUGAUGAACUCGGACGCGGCACUGAAAGAUGGGGAAAUUUUGGAAUUCCUGCACUUUAUAAAGAAAGACUUUGGCGAACGGAGGUACAGGUACUGUAGGACGGUGUUGUCUAACUUCAGUUCUGAAAGACCAAAUCAGAUGUAAAUGGUUGAGCUACCUUCUCAACAUCAUGUUCUAAAAAUGCUUGGUAAUGGACAAUUAAUCUGCUUUGCACUGUGUUCAACCAAGUGAACAUCUAAAACCUGUAGGACAUUUGGGUCUUGGGGACUGAAAACAGACAUCACUGACGUAGGAAGUUGACGUAACUUGAUAGUUUUCACUUAAGAUGGGAACACGUUAGAGUAAGGCUGAUUUGGGUUCCUCGUGCAGAUUUUGGAAAUACUCUUGCAGAAAAAAGUUAGUUUCUUAACUAGUUUGCUUUACCAUCCGAUUUUAAAGGGGCAGCAUUAUGUAUUUUCUUGGUACAUAGUCUCGUUUUAGAGCACAAUCAAAUCAUCUUUCCCUCAGUUGUUGUAAAAAUGCUAGAUAUCAAAAAUGACUUUAAAGAAAUUUGUCUAUAAAAUUUAAUGCAUUGAAAUCGGGCCUCUGUCUCUUUAAGAAUCUCCCACUCUUUCAGCCCACCAUCAUAACAUUCCUCUUUCAAGCCUUUGAAAAUAUUUUUACCAGCUUUACAUCGACAAGUCGUUUGUAUGAUGAGUUCAGCAGAUGCACAGCUCCACCGGGUGUUUGCUACUUGCUGCUGCCUCUAGUCUGAAGGAGCUGAGUGGGGAAGGGAGCUCUAUGAGGUGGAAGCUUGGCCAUUUCCAAGCAGGAAGAAGCUGCUUGGAAAUAGGCGGCGCUUUGUCAGAGCAAGCAUUAAGGCGCCCCGAGUGGUUGCUAUUGGAGAUUUCUUAUGAAAAAUUUAAAGAAGCACACCACGAAUGAUUUUGAAGAGGGAACAUGAUACAAAUCUCAAAAAGAAAAUAAAAAUUUUGCGUAAGACUGCCUUUUUAAAUUGGUGAAAGCACUAAAAAUCAAGCAACAAAAAAAAGUCCCCACAUUUAUUAGCCUUUUCCCCAAAGUUUUUAUUAAAACUUCGGAUAUUUGGGAAGUUUAACUUUUAUUCAGCUGAUAUUUGAAUAACAGCUGAGCAGCAUUUGUAGGAAAACAUUGUGAUACUGUCAAUAUUACAGUUACAAAGGAUAAACAGUUUGCUGACUUUUUCCUUCACAGCAUCCUGCUGAUGAAGCUUGGAUCAAUAAGCUACACGGAUUAAAAACUGUGCAUUAAUUUUAUUGGCAUGCAGAGCAGUUAUUGCAUUAAAGCCACGUUGAUUAGAUUUACUGCACAGCUCUAAUCUGUUCAAAACAUUGCUGAAACUGACUUCCCAUCUGAGCAAAGCAUAGAUUAAUCUGAGCUAGCUCAGGUUCAAAAGAAAAAAAAUCUCUUGGCUUUGUCAAAAAACAAGCUUAUAGGCUGAAUGUUUGUCACUAUAUAAAAAUUCCCAUAAAUGGCUCUCGUGCUUUUGGCCUUUAAAACUCCAGCUUCUUAGAGACCAAACUAGUAAAAUGGCCUUUUGAGUCUGUUCAGCUAGCAAGUGAAAAACCAAAAUCUUGAUGAGUUCAAGGGUAAAAAAAAAACACAAAUUAGUAAACCGUUUA